AUGACUGCAAUAUUUAGUAGUGAGCUUGGCAAACCAGAAAUCAGAGCCACCAUUCUUCUUGCAGUGGUCGCCUUCCAUGGCCCACUGCUGCUGGUGCUCAGCUCGCGGCAGCGACGCAGCGGCAAUCCGGUGGGCUGCUUCUUGCUCUGGAGCCUGUCGGCGGCCUACUUCCCGCUGAUGACGUCCGUCCUGUCCUACCUGACCACCUACAUCCCGCGCGCGGGCGGCAAUGCCACGGCCGUACUCGUGCUGGUCAUCCUCGUCCAGUUCCUCAGGGCCAAGGUCGACAUGGCGGCCUUGGCCGUGGCUGCGGUGGCCUCGCCCGCGGCGGGCAACGACGACGUCCACAGCCUCAAGAUCCGGCCGUCCACGGAGAGCUUCAUCAACACGUUCUGGGUGGCUGCGCUUGUCAUCUACAACAUAUUCAGCACCAUCCUGAAGCAUUCGACGAUGGUGCUCAGGUUCGCCGCCUUCCAGAGGGCGACGGGCUCCUUCGCGCUCGGCCGCAACGUGCAGCUCAUCGAGGGCUACAUGCUGCAGCUCCGGGAAAAAGACAAGAGCGAGAUGGCGGCGGACCAGCCCCAGCAGCUCCUUGCAGUACCCCGUCUCAUCGUGACGGGGGAAAGGAACCAUGACGUGGAAGAGGGCCCGCAAGGGUACCAUGUCAAGCGUUCGUCACUGCAAGGUGGUGAAGGGAGCAGUAGGCUGCUCACGUUGGACCGUGUCUGGUCAUCAGACAGUGUUCAGCCAGUCGACAAGGAUCUCUGCCUAUCCUUUGCACUAUUCAAGUGCCUGCGCAGGCGGUUCGCCGGUUACCCGCUCACCGCCGAGGCCGGCUCUAGCUGGGCGUUCCGUUUCGUCUGCAACGGGCUGCUGCUCGGCCGGGGCGAAAACAAAGACGACGACCACAAGAGGGUCUUCAGGGUGAUCGCCACCGAGCUCUCGUUCGUGAGUGACUUCUUCCACUCGGCUCUCCCCGUGGCCUCCUUGGGCACCUCGGCCGUGGCUCUCCACUUCCUCCUCUCCCUCAUCAUCUUCCCCUCGUUUCUCUUGCUAGCGCUGGCCCUCCUGGUCUACCCAAAAGUAGUACGCUCCUCCUCCUACUUGUACUACAGGAACCCUUUGGUGCUGCUUGAGCUUCUGCUGACGCUGGUGAAUGCCCACCUCGAGAUCUGGGACAUGGUCGCUAGUGUGCGCUCGAACUGGACCAAGAUCAGCAUAAUUGGGCACAUCGUUCGGUCCCCACACCCCUGCACCAGUAGGUUCUUGGCCUGGCUGCUCAGACGAUGCAAGACCCCAGAGUUUUGGCAAGAUAAGAUCCGGCAAACCCAGAUGCUAAAGCCAGACCUCUUCGUCGUGCAGCACCAGCAGCCAUGUGCGUGGAGCUGCCACUUGAGAGCCAGGCCCAGACAGCUGCUCUCCCUCGUACGGGGGAGAAACCAAGAUGACAAGAUCGAGGUUCCCCUCGAGGUGAAGGAGGCCAUCCUCAAGUCACUGAGGGGCGGCGGCGGCCAGCGGAGCAACGGGACGGCGGCGAUAGGGCGACAUGCCUUCGCACCUGGCAACGAUAUCACAUGGGCGUGCCGCGACGGCGUCGACGUCGUCACCACCAUCGAUGCUAUCCUUGUGUGGUACAUCGCCACCACCCUCUUCGACAUGAAAUGGCGCCGCUCCGAUUCUGCUGGUGGUACUCCUCCUUCUCCCUCGACGCCGCCGGUGGCCAACGACGACAGCAAGAAGAAGAUCGUCGUCGCCUGUUGCUUGUCGCGCUACUGCAUGUACCUGGUGGCUGAGGCUCCGGAACUGCUGCCGGACAAGCCUGACUGGAUCAAACGCCGCUACGAGGCAGUGAAGAAGCGUAUCGAGGAGGCACCCAAGUGCAGCGGUGAUGAGUCGUCCGUGUACCAACACCUGCUCGACACUUUCAGCGAAAACUCCAACGAGGUGCUCAUCAAUGGCGCGAAGCUUGCAAAGCAGCUGGCGGAGGAAGCUGAAGACGAGGUGUGGGAGCUCCUCUCCGACUUCUGGUCGGAGAUGCUGCUCUACCUCGCGCCUUCCGACAAUGUCAAGGUCCAUAUCGAGGCCCUGCAGCGUGGCGGCGAGCUCAUCACGCUCCUGUGGGCGCUGCUGCUGCACGCCUGCAUCACCAGCAGGCCGGUGGAGAACAAUUUCACUGCAUGA